AUGUCGAAUUUCCCUCAUUCUAGUUCUAUCGCCGCCUCAUUUGGUACUUCUCCAUAUGCCGUUCAGAAUAACCUUGGAGAUCUGAUCAGUCGAUCAAGAACUCAUCCUCAUCCAAGAAGAGAUUCGACGAACACGUUCAUCAGUACAGCACUUGGACUUGGUCUUGAUCAAACACCGACCCAAUCAACUGAUCAAUCGCCAACUGAUGAAUUUCCACCAGCGUUAAAUGGCACACCUGUGAGAAGGAGACCAUCAGCUGCUGCCGCAGCUGCAGCUUCAAACGGGUUGACACCUCAGAUAGGUACGAUCCAAGAAGCUUCUUAUGAAGAAGCUAUAAUAUUUCAUGAUGACGACGAUCAUGAUGAUCAAAGUAAUAUAAAUGAGAGAUCAACUUUAUUAGAUAGAGAUUGGACUUCAAACUCAAGAAGAGCAAGUCGGAAUUCAAGGAGAUCGUAUGGUGCUACAAGUGCUCCAUUAGGUAGGAAUGGUAGAAGACAAAAAUCAGUUGAUGGAUUCACAUCUACUGGUGGUAACUCAAGAUCAAGAUCAAAAGCUAGAACUCCACCUAGGAAAGAAUCGAAUAAUAAUCAUCUACAUCAUCACAAUCAUCACAAUCAUAGUCAUCAUCGUCAUCACAAAUCAGAAGGAGGAGAAGAUUCGUCAUCUAUCAAUGAUUCUUCUAUAAAUGACCAAUCUGAACCUGAAGAUAACGAGGACUCAUCAGAUAGAAGAGGCAGAGGAAGAGGAAGAGGAACUACCGCAAGAGCGUUAUCGUCGACUUCGAGUCCAUAUUCUUCAUCCAAUCAUGGUGCACCUCUACCUUCAACUGGUAGAAGGAUGAGUGUCACCGUUCGCAUAGCAGAUGAUUCCUCAGGUGAUGAAGGAGGUGAUGUAGCGAGAGGGCUGGUCCAAUCUGCUGGAGGCGCAAUGUUCGGUGGUAGAGCAGGUCUGGGUAUGACUCCUUCACAAGCUGGUACCAAUGGAGGUCCAAUGGAAUUAGACCCGGUAGAAGAAUUAGAUGCUCAAGAUUUGGAAUUACCUGUAGAUCAACAAGGUGUAGAAGUCAGAGUAUGGUCAGAAGCUUUAAGAGCCGAAUUACCAAUCAUCCUGAGAUCUUCGAUACCCAUAUUCUUCUCGCAACUUGCAGAAUGGUCACUCAAUUUGGCAUCGGUAGUAUCGAUCGGUCAUCUAGGUACAACAGAAUUAGCUGCUUCAUCGCUUGCCUCAAUGACUGCUGCCGUGUCUAGUUUCUCAAUUCUACAAGGUCUAUGUACAGCCAUGGACACCUUGCUUCCUGCUGCUUGGACAUCUUCGGAUCCUUCUAGAGUCGGUCUCUGGACACAGAGAAUGGCUGUUGUAUUAACUGUGUCAAUGAUACCAAUGUUCAUGAUCUGGUGGAAUAUAGAAGGCGUUCUGGUUACCCUGGGACAAGAAGUCGAGGUCGCCAAACAUGCUUCGGAAUACUUGCGAUGGUUAUCUUUGGGUAUUCCAGGUUAUGGAGGUAAUGUUUUACUCAAGAAAUAUCUCCAAGCUCAAGGCUUGAUGUAUGUACCCACCUACGUUUUGUUCUUCGUUGCACCGACCAACGUACUCAUGAAUUACCUAUUCGUUUGGGGUCCGGAUUCUAUCCGUUUAGGAUUUGUAGGGGGUGCCGUCGCAACAGGAAUGUCAUAUAACUUAGCUUUCUUAAUUUCUUUACUUUGGAUCAUGUUUUACGGGCCAAGGGAAGCUUUCCAUCCCAUCAAACUCAAACAUUGUUGCUCCAAGUUAGGCACAGUCACAUCCCUAGGGCUUGCUGGUACGAUUAUGCUUUCGUCUGAAUGGUGGGCGUGGGAAGCUAUGGCACUUGCUGCAUCGAUCUUGGGUCCAAUUCAUCUUGCCGCUCAAUCGGUACUCCUUUCUACAGCUUCUACUUUCUAUCAGGUCCCUGCCGCUCUCGGUAUCGCAGCUGCUGUGCGUGUCGGUAAUCUUUUAGGUGCAGGACGAGGUUGGGAGGCCAAAUGGGCAAGUAGGGCGAGUCUGCUAUUGAGUUUGCUCUUUGCGGCUGUCAACUCCUCGAUCUGUAUUAUUUUCAGAAAGAAAUGGGGUUAUCUCUUCAAUAACGAUGCGGAAGUUGUGACUUUAGUAGCCGAAAUCAUGCCUUAUAUCGCUUUGUUCCAGUUAUCAGACGGUAUAGUCUCGACAGCAGGGUCAGUACUUCGAUCGCUUGGACUACAUACAACAGGAGCUUUGAUCAAUUUAACAUCAUAUUACAUAAUUGGAUUACCAUUUGGAUUGUGGUUAACUUUCACGCCCAGAUUCCAUCUAGGUUUGAUUGGAAUCUGGGUAGGAUUGAGUAUAGCCUUAACAUACGCCAGUAUACUAGAAUUUUAUAUGGUCUGGAAAGCUAAUUGGACAAGAGCAGUGGAGAGAAUAAGAGAAAGAUUAGGUUUACCAGCUCAUGGUCAAAUUGAUCCAGAUGGUAAAUGGGAUUUACAGGUUGAUCAUGAUCGUGAUGAUGUUGACGAAGAAGAGCAGGGUAUUGUUAUAUAA